AUGGGCAGAAAAUCGGGAAUGCUGCCAAUACUCAUACUUGUGAUGUGCUGCGAUUCGAUAAUGGGUGGCCUCAGUCGCAGUAAACAAACGUGGACAUAUCGCAUCAGAUCGACCAGAAUGGCGACCAACAAUGAAUCGGUGGCCGGUGGUGAAACGCAUCUGGAACGCGAAGGUCGCGGCGAUUACACGAUGAGUGGUUACUUGUACUUCAACGUGGACGUUCCCAAGGAUGUUGAGGCCGAGGUUAAUAUCUAUCGCAGCAACGACGGUGGCGCCACCUAUAAGCUCGAACCCUAUUCGGUACCGCGUUCAGGAGUCUACCAAACGAUGAACACCUUCUACAAGGAUAUGAUCAUGCCAUCCGCGGCCAAUUGUUCCAAUUUUCCGCAAUUCGAGGACAAACUCGAACUGGUUGCAGCUCAGAAAUUUACGUACAACAAGUGUCUUUUGAGCACCGAUGGAUUUCCCACUUAUCUGCCCGAUGGCAUUUACAAAUUCGAAUUAAAAUCCUUCGGAUUGAUUGAGCUCUUUUUUGAGGCACUCGUCGAAGUGACGCAGAAAACCUUCUGAGCUGCAAUGCAAUUAGCUAAAAUCGACAGCAUCGAUUUCAGUCUUGGUUAAUGCAUCAUAAUCCGCAUUAUCACUUACUUAUUUUCUGUUAUUUUAUAAACUGUAAAACAAUUAAGAUAAACUAUUUACUCUGCCGCAUAAAUGGUAUUGGUAAAAGCCUAUUAAAAUAAGCCCAUACAAGUGCUUUAACAUUAAUGGACACCGUGACAUUGCCGCAAAUACCCCGACCCCAUUAAGAAUCUGCAAUUUUGUGGCACAAUAGGCACUUGACAGUACAGUCCCUAUUGGUAAUUAAAGUACACUGUAUCAAGCAAACAAAUUACAAU